AUGUCCGGUUCGAUUGAUCCAGCGGUUUGCGAUUUAAGUGCACUCACUUCCUUCAUCCUCGCUGACUGGAAGGGAAUCACCGGCGAGAUUCCUCCAUGCGUCAACUCCUUAGCCUCGCUCCGUAUCCUCGAUCUUAACGGUAACAAAAUCACCGGAGAGAUUCAUGCGGAAAUCAGCAAGCUCUCCAAACUCGCUGUUCUGAACCUCGCUGAGAAUCAAAUAUCCGGCGAGAUUCUGGCGUCGUUGACGUCACUCGCCGAGUUGAAGUCGCUAUGCGUUCCCGAAAUCAUUAAUACCAUAACCGACGAUAACAACAACAUAUGCGAUGGUAUCUUUGCUAAACUUAAUCCAGACAUGGACUUGGAUGUCUUGUAA